UGCGGCGUCGCCAGGGACCGCCCACAAUUAGCCACGCGCUGUGCCAUUGGUGGGCACGGCUUCCUCAACCUCUUUGCUAUUGGUCCGCACAGCUGUCAAUCACGACCUAUCCUUCCCUGGGAGAUAACAGGCGGAGUGAAAUUCACAACGAAGGCGGUGAUGUUUCGGAGCCAAGUGAUACUGCCGCGAACUGUCUGACAAAUCACCGCGGACGCGUGACACGAAUUUAGUUGAUUUCAGACCUUUAUUGGAGUCACCCAUGUCGCUGCUGAGCUGUAUAGACUUGAACGUUUUGAAUGAAUCGAUCUCGUUAUCAUUUAGGACCAUAUGUUGAGAACACCGAGCGGAGGAAGAAACGGCAGUCUGCUCGGAGGGUGUCUGGACCGGGAGGACGAACUCGGAGCUGUGGUGCCCAGAGGGAUAUUCACACUCAACGGUGACAUCGCCAACAAAUAGGACACGGAACAGAGGCUAAUCUGGCCGAGGAUAACCUUGUCAAUCUCCUGGCGUCGAGAAGAAGAUAAAUUAGUUGGGUAGUAGCUCGGUUGCGAAGAUAACACCUGACUACUGCGACGUUGGUCAAUACUGUCAACCUCUCAAAAUAGAAAGAAAAACACAACAAGCGUCCGGCCGCCGUCCAGAGUUUUGAGGAUGAACCACUUAUCCCUCAGCGAGCUAUGUUGCCUGUUCUGCUGUCCACCGUGCCCCAGCAAGAUCGCCUCUAAGCUGGCCUUCCUGCCCCCAGAGCCCACAUACAGCCUCAUGUCUGAUGACAGUGGCAGCCGGUGGACUCUGCACCUCUCUGAGCGCGCCGACUGGCAGUACUCGUCCCGCGAGAAGGACGCCAUCGAGUGUUUCAUGACACGCACCUCGAGAGGAAACCGCAUUGCCUGCAUGUUUGUCCGCUGCUCGCCCAGCGCCCGAUACACACUAUUAUUCUCCCAUGGAAACGCAGUGGACUUGGGUCAGAUGAGCAGCUUCUACAUUGGCCUGGGUUCGCGCAUCAACUGCAACGUCUUCUCCUACGACUACUCGGGUUACGGAGCCAGUUCUGGGAAACCCUCGGAGAAGAACUUGUACGCCGAUGUAGACGCUGCCUGGCAGGCGCUGCGGUCACGGUAUGGCAUCCGGCCAGAGAACGUGAUCGUGUACGGCCAGAGCAUUGGCACCGUGCCCUCCGUGGACCUGGCCUCCCGCUACGAGAGCGCUGCAGUCAUCCUCCACUCCCCGCUCACGUCUGGCAUGAGAGUGGCCUUCCCCGACACCAAGAAGACCUACUGCUUUGACGCCUUCCCAAACAUCGACAAGAUUUCGAAGGUAACGUCACCGGUACUGGUGAUCCACGGUACGGAGGACGAGGUCAUCGACUUCUCCCAUGGCCUGGCGCUGUAUGAACGCUGUCAGCGCCCCGUGGAGCCCCUCUGGGUGGAGGGGGCCGGACACAAUGACGUGGAGCUCUACGGACAAUACCUGGAGAGACUCAAACAGUUUGUUGCGCAUGAGCUGGUCAACUUGUAGAGGAGCUUGGAAAAAAAGGGUGGAGAGGGAGGACGGCCCGUCAGUACCGUCCACUCCACAUGCUGCAGCUGUGAACUUACAAGUACCCAUCAUUUUGUUUUGCUUUUAGAUUUUCUUUUUAUCAUGUUGAAAAUCACACAUUGUGAAGGUGCAUGAAUGAAAGAGGAAGUAGAUACA